AUGAUAUUGAUCUGGAAUGUAAGAGGUGUUGGGGACAAAUCCCUCCCCAGAAUACUUAAGAAUAUUAUCCAAUUAAAUCAUGUUGAGGUGUUGGCUGUUCUUGAACCAAGAAUAAGUGGUGAUAAAGCCAUGCGUGUUGUUAAUGGCCUGGGCUUUACUAAUCAUCAUAUUGUGGAUGCAAAUGGGUUUUCGGGUGGCAUUUGGCUUUUAUGGAAUUGUAGCAAUAUUCAUCUCAAUAUUGUGGCGUGUUCCAGCCAGUCAAUUACUGCAAUGAUUACACAAGGUUCAUCUUCUUGGAUUCUUACUGUUGUAUAUGCUCACCCUUGUCCUGGAAUAAGGAGAUCCCUCUGGAACUACUUAGGCUAG